AUGACUUUCGAACUGGCAAACAACUAUCGACAUGCACAUCUUGUGGUCCAACCUGCGGAUCUAGCACUCAACCCGCCCGAGAGCUAUAUGUACAUACAAGAUGGCCUCAUAAUUUCCUGCGGAGUUCUCUACGCCCUUUGUUAUGUCUUUUACAUGAUCCGUACCUACCGCGACAAGACAUGUGCCGGCUUUAUCGAGUUCACUUGUGGCACGAUGGCGUAUGAGAUAUUCUACGCCUAUGCAACAACCACUACGGCAUUCGAGCGUGUCAGCUUUUCAAUGUGGUUUCUUCUCGACUUUACAUUCGCCGUGGUCACUAUUCUCAGCACCCGAGCACCAGGUACCCGCGCACCGGUGGUCAAAAGGAUGAUUUUUGGCGUUCUAGCAUUUCUGGCAUUUUUCUGGAAAGUUGCGCAGAUGUAUCCAGAUGAGCGCGAACAAAUCACUGCAUACUGGACUGGAUUAGCUUUGCAGUUUCCGAUCGGCUGGGGCAGUUUGUAUUUACUGAUCAAGAACAGACACGCCAAGGGCCAUUCUUUGGAGAUUUGGUUAACGAGAUAUCUGGGCUGCUGGACUGCGUAUGGAGUCUUUGCAUGGAGAUAUCUGAACGUGCCGCAGAAUUGGUCAUAUGUGGGUUCGAACGUGAGCAUUGCAGUCAUUGUGUUGACAAUGAUUCCUGAGACGAUAUAUCCAUUCGUAUAUAUCUGGGUGCACAAGAAGAACAAGCAGCAAUCAUCAAGACACGAGGUUGAGUACAGCGAUCAGAAGGUAGCGAACUUAAAUAGAAGGUAG